CCAACGUGCCGCGAUCUAUUUAUUCGUUCGUGAUCGGUAUGUGCUACGUUGAACUGAUUGAAAAUAAAAAUAAACCGUGAACUUGUUGGGAAAAAUUUCGGGAAUUGAUUUUGCGUGAAUUAUCGGUUAAUUAGGGAAACAGUCAACCGAAAAGGAAAGUGAUUCAAGAUGCGUAUUAUCGUGGUGUUGAUCAUCGCGGUAUGUGUCUCCGUUGCUGAAUUCAGUGUUGUACCUGAUACAGGUUUGACGACAAAUCUUCGAGAGAUUUGGGGCAACGACGAUUUUGUGAUCGCCAUAUCGAACAUCAAAUUGAAACGGAAGGAAUUGGAACUAACUCCUGAUAUUUUACUAGCAAUAAAAUAUGACAGGCUUGAAACGAAAAUGGUUCUCGUGCUCGAAAGGAAAACCAAACGAGUGAUCCUCGAAAGUAUCGAUGAGAAUGGUCGUCGAAGGGAAGAACACAUAAACGUGGAUACGACGAACAUGCUCGCUCCUGUGAAGAACAUGACUAUCUUAGUGCAUCAGAGUCAGCACGAAGGUUGCAUGCACGUCUACAUUGAUUGCGCUUAUCAAGGUGUGAUACCAUUGAGGAAAACCUUCCGGAAAUUUGCAGAAAACGAUGACAAUCUUCCUGUAAAAGCGUUUAGGGGAAGGAGGAACCACGUGAAAGUGUAUCCACUAAUAUCCAUCAGAGAUACUCUAAAGCGAGAGAACUGCAAUUUGGCUGACAUGGACACGUUGCAGAACAUCUUCAAGCUGAAAGAGUCACACGAAUGUGCUCCAAAAUCGACCAAAGAUCAUUCGGAUGAUUUCGACGAACUGCUGAUCAACAUGUAUAGACCUCACAUAAAGUUAAGCGGCAAGCAAAGUCAUCAUCGAUCGAAAGCACAUACGCACGACUUCGGUACCAGGUCCUCAGACGUGUCCGCAGAUCAGUUCGACGAUUUCGAUGAAUCGGAUUUCAGAGAGACGCAUCGAUCGAAUCACGAUCAUCGUUUCGCUGAGCGAGGUCAAUCGAAUUUAUACGAUAAACGCGUUAGCGAAGAUGAUAGCGGUAAAUAUGGUUCAACGAGUGACCUCGGAGUUGAUCAGCCAGAUCUUUCAAAUCAUAUGAAACGAAUGCAGCGAACACGAGCUGAGUACUUUGAUGGAACUGUUCCUGAGAAAUUAGGAAAGUUUAAUCAUUCUGAUGAAUUAGACGUGUUGAGUCAAUCGGACGGGAAUUAUAAACGGGUUCCCAGAAGAGGGGACAUAGCGAUUCAAUCUCUGGACGAAAGAGUUUGCCUAACGGAUAAUCAGAUUGUGAAGACAUUGAAUGAGCUGAUCGAAGCUACGAAGAAGGUCUGGCGAGAAAUAGAAUUAAACAGACUGGAAACACAACACCUUCGGCAAUUAAUCGAAAAUUGCGCAGCCUGUCGUAUGCUCCCCGUUCCACCGACGACCACGACGGCAACUCCCCCUCCUAGUUGCGAUUACAAGUCGCCGUGCUUCCCGGGCGCUGACUGCCGUAACACACCACGCGGGCCACAAUGCGGAGCAUGUCCGCCGGGUUAUACCGGCGACGGAUAUCGUUGCAUGAAAAUUAGUUGCGCGCACAACCCUUGCUUUCAUGGUGUUCAAUGCUACGACAUCGCGAAUGGAUACAGUUGUGGAAAAUGUCCCUCCGGUUAUGUAGGCGAUGGAAGGCACUGUGAACGUCGUAGGAAUGGCUGUGAGUCGCACCCCUGUUACUCAGAAGUGCAAUGUGAGCCAGUUCUUUAUCCACCGUAUUUCAGAUGCGGUCCUUGUCCAAACGGAUACGCUGGUAAUGGUUCCACGUGCAUUGACAUAAAUGAGUGCGAAAUAGCGCAACCUUGCCAUCCAGGAGUACGAUGUAUGAAUCUCCGUCCAGGGUUCAGAUGCGAACCAUGUCCACCAGGAUACACUGGGGUACCAAUGGAAGGAAUUGGUUUGGAAUUUGCAAGAGGUCGUAAACAAGUCUGUCAAGAUAUAAACGAAUGUGAAAAUAACAAUGGAGGUUGUGAUCCAUAUAUGGAAUGCAUUAACACGGAGGGUUCGUUCAGAUGUGGUGCUUGUAGAGCGGGUUUCAUAGGAAACCAAACAGUUGGCUGCCACCCUAGACACAGUGUCUGUCCAGAUUUAAUAACUGUUUGCGACGUAAACGCAGACUGCAUUUGCAUCGAGGCAAAUGAGUACACAUGCAGAUGUCGCGUUGGAUGGGCAGGAGACGGUCUGACUUGUGGCCUGGAUAGGGACAGCGAUGGAAUUCCUGACAGAAAUCUCCGCUGCCAUGAUCGACGUUGUCGCAUGGACAACUGUCCAUUGAUACCGAACAGUGGCCAAGAGGAUGCGGAUAGAGAUGGCAUCGGUGACGCGUGUGAUCUGGACGCCGAUAAUGAUGGCGUCUUGAAUUCUUUGGAUAACUGCCUUUUAAUCCCGAAUCCCGGUCAGGAGGAUACUGAUCGCGACGGUCCCGAUUCAAUCGGUGACGUCUGUGAUAAUUGCCCACUAGUAAGAAAUCCGAAACAGGAGGACACCGAUGACGAUGGCAUCGGUGAUGCUUGUGAUGACGACAUCGACAACGAUGGUAUUCCAAAUCACCUGGACAAUUGCCUAAGAAGGAAGAAUCCAGAUCAAAGUGACGUAGACAUGGAUGGAAUUGGUGAUGCCUGUGACAACUGUCCUUUCAAUUUCAAUCGAGACCAAUUGGAUCAAGAUGGCGACGGGGUAGGUGAUGCUUGCGACAACGACAACGAUAGGGACAGGGAUGGUGUACAAGACGAUAGAGACAACUGUCCUGAUAUAGCAAAUCCAGGACAAAAUGACGAUGACAGAGAUGGUAUAGGAAAUGAAUGCGAUAAUGACAUGGAUAAUGAUGGUGUACCGAAUGACCGUGACAAUUGUCCUUACGUAUAUAAUCCAGAUCAACGUCACACUCAUAAUGAUUACAUUGGUGAUGCUUGCUGGAACGACAAUGAUAACGACACUGUGAAGAACAAACACGACAACUGUCCAAACAAUAGUUUAAUUUGGACAACAGACUUCAGAAAGUACACUACAAUUGCUUUGGACCCCAUUGGUACUGCUCAAGAAGAUCCAGUUUGGGUAAUACAUAACGAGGGUGCUGAAAUUCAGCAGCUUGUAAAUAGUGAUCCUGGAAUUGCUAUUGGUCCAGAUAUCUUUAGUGGCGUAGACUUCGAGGGUACCUUCUUCGUCGAUGACGAUGGAGACGACGACUCUGUUGGUUUUGUGUUUUCCUACCAAGACAACCGUAGAUUUUAUAUCGUGUCUUGGAAAAAGGGUCAACAACCAUAUUGGAUGCCGACUCCAUUCAGGGCGGUAGGUGAUCCCGGGAUCUUUUUGAAACUCGUAGACUCGAACACUGGUCCUGGAGAAUUGCUCAGAAACAGUCUUUGGCACAACGAGGACACCCCUAAUCAGGUGAAAAUCCUCUGGCACGAUCCGAAGAAAAUAGGCUGGAAAGAGAGAACGCCCUAUAGAUGGCACCUCUUGCAUAGACCUAAAAUCGGUUUGAUUAGAUUCCGACUUUACCAAGGGAAACAACUGAUGGCUGAUUCGAGAAACGUCUACGACUCGACUUUGAAGGGUGGCAAACUAGGUGUAUAUUGCUUCUCUCAGGAAAAGAUCACGUGGUCAAAUUUGCUGUACAAGUGUAAAGAAACUGUCCCGCAGUCAGUAUGGAACGAGUUGCCAGCGAACUUGAAGAAGGAAGUGGACGUCGAGAUGAGUAACGAAGUCAAGUCUCAUUACAGUCAACAAUCUACGUAUUACGACUCACAUUAAGUUCGCGAAAUUUAUCCCGUUAUAUUAGACGAACUUCGUCUAAACCGGAUGUCAUAGAUUUGGUUCGUUUUCCGCGGUAAAAACUGAAAGGUAGUCUUACUCGUGUGGAUAUAUAUUAAUAUCUUGUGUACGUUUCUCAUUCGAUAUGGCCAAACCUCGUUCUACCGAUCAACUUUUCGCAUCACUGUCUGCUUUCCUCCUUUUUUUAUGAAAUUCGAAGUUCUGUAACAUUAAAAGUGUACGUAAUUAAAGAUACAGCAUGACAAAUAUCUUUUAAUCAACCUUAUUUUCUCUGCUAAGGACGAGCGAAUUCUACGUGAGGGAAACAUUAAAAAUAUUAUAUGUUGGGGAAUGUAUGCAACGAACGCUUAAUCCUAAUUAAAAGAGGAAAAUUAAAAUCUACAUGUGCGCUUUUCGAACGAGGUGAAUUAUAUUGACUCGUAUUGUGAUUUAGCGUAUCAAUACUUGAUAGAUGAGGCAGAAAAAAGAUAUGGAAAAGUAAUUGCUUUCACGAGAAAUGGAAUUUUAUUUACCGAUAAUUAUGAUGGAGAUACGAAUAAGAAUAAUUCUUGAAAAUUAAAUAUAAUGUAAGUUGUAAAUG